GCUUUGUACAAUUCCCUUCCUCCCCCUUCAUCACCUUCUUCUCGUUGGUCGAGCUGAGCUCGCUGGAACCGUCGGUUCUUGCCUUGUCUUUCCGCUCACCCGAAGCAAGCCUUCCUUCUGCUCUUUGUUGAGACAGCCUUUUCCUACGCGGCAGGACAGUGCUCUCCGUCCUCUGGUUCCCGCUCUUCCAAGUCCUCCAUUUCCAACUCAAUCGCAAUGGGCAACCUCAUUUGGCACGAGUGGGCGCGUUACGUGUCCAUCACCGCAAGUGUUUACUCCAUAUGGGCGGCCUUUUAUGGCAUCUUCUACCGCAAGUUCUUCUGGGACUUUAUAGGUGGAACAUUGCGCGCACCUGGAGGUCUCCAACCAUCCCCCGGAAUCGCCAUCUUCAUCGACAUCAUUGUCAAGGCUCCCGUCAUUCAGCUGGUCGCCCUGUUCAUGGGAAUGGGGAUGGUUGCCCUGGAAUUCCCGGCUCCGUUCCUGAAAGGGUCCUCGCUACAGCGGAACCUGACAAUCAAGGUCGUGAUGCUCAUCAUGCAGGCCGCCAAUGCCAUAAUGUUCUAUCAGGGCACAAACGGAGCAAUAUAUUCCUUGGUAGCCGCGAUAGGCUACACACGAGCUAUCAUGCUUGGGGAAGUAAUGGAAGAAGCGAAGAAUAACAGAGGAAGAGGCGGAAAGGCCUAGCACGAUGCUUCUCGGACGACAGACAUCCCGUCAGGCAGGCUGGUUUUCACUUGCUUCAGAUCACAUUCUUUUUUCAAACCCCUCUCUUGUCGUUCCUUUUCGGUCUGUACACCCGACAUGCACAGCUGGUCCCGGUUCUUUGGCUGGAUUUUUGUCACCCUUCCUCUGAGCUCGGUUCACGACGAGCGGUUCUUGCCGCCGUCAUUCACUUUGACAGACUUUGCUUCUUUGCCCGCACUGCUGUAUCCGCUACCCACGCUUGUACUCUAGUUGUAGAAUGUCGACCUCCUGGUUGAGCAUGAGCAUCAUGUGCAGGCAAUGGGAGCAGCUGCGUUGCUCGUGAA